AUGGUACGCAAACGCAGUGAUGAUAGUGAGGACGAGGAUCAGCUGUGUGUUGAGGAGGCGGCUCAUAAGUGGGGAGAGGCCGUAGACUGUCAGGCGUGUCCAGUAGAUGAGCCUGAGGUCAUGACUUUCCGGAGCGCUGUUUCGCUGCUGGUGCGGUAUCAGAUGGUGAGAAUGUUCGAGUUGAGUGACAGGUUUCGACUUUCUCUAUGGACGUUUGACCGUCUUCUCGAGGCCUCGUUGCCGAGGGUUUACGCUCUGCUGAGGGCGGCUUUUGACGGUCUGGGAGUCCCCACGUCAUUUUAUGCAUCGUCGUGGUUCCUUACGUUGUUCGCAUCGGAUUUGCGAGAUGAGGAGGAGGCUAGUGAGAGAAUCUUGGAUAUGUUUUUGAGUAGAGGGUGGAAGGCAAUUCACCGUAUUGGACUGGUCAUGAUGGAGGCGGCUUUCGUUGGAGACGAUUUCAGUCAACUAGAAUCGACUGAUGGUAACGAUUUACUCAUGCUGAAGUUGAAGUGCCUCCCUGGCAUAGUCAUCAGCGAACUCACAGUGGAGGAAGUUUUGCGGCGCAGUGAGGAUUCUUAUGGUUGGGUGUCUACUAGGUUGCUCGGAAUGCUGGAGAAUGCAGCUCAAGUCGAAGGAGGCGCUCGACUGGUUCUGUCCCGAACACAAGGCUUUGAAGUACCUCUUAGUGGUACGCCGGAGAGUGGAGGCACUUCUAGCAAUUAUUGCUCUCGAGGCCGCUCUGAGAGUGUGACAGGCCAGAGCCACACCGGCUGGGCUAUUGUUGCUGAUGCUCUCCCUGAGCAUCAGUUCAAGUUGGAUCCUGACGAUGACUUCGAUCGAGACAUCUUUGAUAGUGUUGGGUCUAAGAAGAGCUCUGGUCGGUGGUCGUUUAAGAAACGAAUAUCGACUCGAAAAGCUAAGAAGAUUUUGGGCAAGUUGUCCCGCAGUCGAUCCGGCAAGAGCCCGCGUGGCACAUAUCAUGUGGUUCGGUCGGAGAUGCUGCAUGAGGAGGACAAUGGUGAUGACAGCUCCCCGGAGCGUUUGAGACGGGCGAGCAGGGUCCUCCCAGUUGAUUCCAGCCCGAGUCAUGAUUUCGCGAAUGAGAGUGUGGACCAGUUGCGGAACAGUGACAAGAAGAAGAAGCACAGUUGGAAGAAGAAUCCGUUCAAGAAGAAAAACUCGGCCAAUCAUACUUAA